CUAAUUUAAGUGCGGGACACCUGCUGAUUGACCUUGAACUUUUCAGGAAGUCAUGUGAUCAAAACUUCCCUUGAGCGGCUAGUCAGAAAACGUUUGAUCUAAGCGUCAUAUUAGCGGUGCUAGUUUUCGAGGAUAAUUAUGACUCUGUUUCGGAAAAGUCGGAGUAAAGGUGAUUUGCAGCAGGAAUUUCAUACAACCGUAAGGUUUUUGGAUGAUUCCGAGCCAAUCCAGUUGCCUUUCACGAAAGAGACGUUAGGCCAGUUUGUUCUGGAUAAAGUUUGUGACACGCUGAAUCUGGUGGAAAAGGAUUACUUUGGUCUACGAUUUGUUGAUGCUGAAAAACAAAGGCACUGGCUAGACCCAACAAAGACUGUGUACAAACAGUUAAAAGGAGUGAGUCCCUGUGUUCUCUGUUUUCGAGUGAAGUUUUAUCCAGAAGACCCCAUGAAGUUACAUGAAGAGAUUACAAGGUACUAUCUGUUCCUCCAGUUAAGAAGAGACUUGCACCAUGGGAGAUUACUGUGUUCACCUCAGGAUGCAAAUUUACUUGCCGCAUAUAUAAUACAGUCUGAAGUAGGUGACUAUGACCCCCAGGACCAUCCACCCGGCUAUGUGGCAGAGUUUAAAAUGUUACCCGGCCAGAACAUACAACAAGAGCAACAGAUCCAUGACCUUCACAAAACACUUGUGGGUCAAGUACCUGCAGAAGCUGAGGCGAACUUCCUCAAGAAAGCAGCGUCCCUCGACACGUACGGUGUGGACCCACAUAAAGUAAAGGAUCAGAAGGGUAACCAGAUGUACCUGGGUGUGACACAUCAAGGUAUCAUGACCUUCCAUGGUAGCAGACGUACACAGAUUUAUAAAUGGUCUCAGAUUAAAAAGUUGGCCUUUGAAGGAAAGACGUUCAUAGCACAUGUGAACAUGAAUGAGGACAAGGAACAGAGCCACUCCAAAAAGAAGCAUCAGCCGAUUGGUUACAAGUGUUUGACAGUCGCAGCCUGCAAGUACUUAUGGAGAUGUGCUGUUGAACAACAGUUCUUUUUCACGUUGCAGAGUUCAUUUCAUACUCCCAAAGUGAGGUCAGGGGGAUCUCUUUUCUCUCGAGGAUCCAAGUUUAGAUUCAGUGGGCGAUGUCAGAAUGAAGCAUAUUUGGCAAGUGAAGAUAUAAAGAGAAAAGAACCAGAUUUUCAAAGGACAUGCUCAUUGCCAAACUUUGCGAGGAAGUCGGACAGUAGGAUCCAUAUGCGAAACUCUGCGAACCUUUCCAUUUCGGAGGAUAAAGGUGGGAAAGGAUAUAAGGCCGACACAUUUCCACGCAUGAGUACUGCUACGUCUGCCUCUGCCGAACCUCGGUCUGAGAAACGGAACAAACGACCUGAUUCUUUAGAAAAAGAUAAAAAAGAAGAGAAGCCUAGGAUGGCUCCUAGAGCCUCUGAGGAAAAUAUUGAAAUUGAAUUAAUUGAGCCAGUCGAGAUCAAAGAAAAGUAUGAGAUCAGGCGGAAAAUGUCAGCAGAAAAGAAACCAAAAUUAAAAGAAAUAGCCCGUCAAAGUUCUAAAGAGGUUAUACAGUAUACAGAGGUGGAGCAGAGGCAGACGGUCCUUGAAGGUGAACGUGUUGUAUCGCAAGCGACUUUCGAGACUAAACCAAUGACGACUACCAUACAGAAAGUUACAACUGUCCGAGAUGAGCACGGUAUUUCUCGUCAAGAGAAUGCAGUGGAUGUGCCGCAAUCUACAGCCGAAGUUGUGCCAAGUCCCAAGGUAACGUCGCCCGUAUCAGCCACUGAAGACACGAUUGUAGCAGAGGAAAUGACGCAGGUCAAAUCAUCAAAUGUUGAGGCGUGGCGUCCUGAUACUUUCAAACAAAAUGGUGGCAUACCAAUAAUUGUCACUACAGAAGUUGGCGACACAUCCAGGGAUGAUUCUAGCUUGCCUUACAACCCAGACAAUACCGUCUAUGACCAAGACGAUGAAGAUGAUAAAAUUGCUAAAAGUUUAGAAGAACAAGUCAUUGAAUUGGAAAAAGAAUUUCAACAAAUGCAAGAGCAGAAUCAUGUGGAAAAUGUUGCGGAAGGUAGUGUGAAGCCAACAACUCAAAGUAAUUUGGAAACCGCUCCAAAGGACACAAAAACUGUCGAAACCAAGAAAGGUCAUUGCUCAUGUGGUAAAAUAUUUGCGUUCACUUUCUUUUCACUAUUUUUGACAUUGACUGUGUCAGCUUGUGUGGUUAUGUUCUCGGACAUUGAUCAUCCUGUCAUGAAUGAAGCACGUGCACAUCUUACCUUCCUCGAGCCUACUAGAGAUUUCAUCCUCGAUAAAUACCACGAGCUCGUCAACAAGUUGUAAAAAUACUUCGCAUUCAGGAUAAUUGUUUUAUACAAUAUAUGAUUGAUAUUCAUCUAUAAAGAAUCUGAACUAAAGCAUAUCCAAUAGUUUUAUAAGUGUAAUUAGUUAGUGCAGAUGAAUAGGAAAAAGUGGAAACUUGGUAACUUAAAUUCUGUCGGUUUAUUUAAAGUCUUCGAAUAAAAGGAGUGGGAAAUUUCUGUAAAUGCAAUAAAUUAAUGUAAUACUUUUUCAAGAAGCAAGUCAGCUGACAGAGUUUAAGUUCCCAAGUUUCAGCUGUGUUAUUUUUUUGUUAGUUGUGAACUUCUGUUGCAGGUUUGCACAUUAACUUGACCUAGUAAUGGACACUUGUAAUGAGCGUUGGUAAUUUCUGUGUGAUUUCAUAUACUUAUUACGUCCACAUGGCUUUUGAACCAGCAAAUAAAUGCCAAAUUGCAUUGGGAAAUUACAUAAUCAAACAGAAAUUGCUGAUUGCCAUUAUAUAUAUCCACUACUUGUCAUAAGUGUAUUCCUUUUCCCCAGAAUAUUUUUAGAACCUUAAACAUCAUUCAGGAUUGUAGUUUGUAUCUCUGGACUAAAGUGUUGUAAAUUAGAGGUUGUACAUUAGUAAGGUUGGGGCAGCUAUAUCUGUCAUUUGAUUUUUCUUUAUUCAACAUUUACCAUGGAAUAGACAAAAACAGUAUUUUUGCAGUUUACAUCUCAUCCAUCUGCCCACAUAAUCUCACUUUCUGUCUUUAAAUUCAAGGUUAUUUAAUCCAUGUUGCAAAAAAGUUAUUGCUGUUUUGUUAAGUAGCACUUUCUAAGCUUCUUUUUUUUUUUGAAGCUGCUUAUAU